GUCAGGUCUUAAUUUAUUUUGUCUUGGAGACAAUUUUGGUGAAUGGUAAACUUAAUCCUGAUAAAUAAUAUUUUAAAAUGACUGACAUCUCAGUAGAAGUAUCUGGGGAAAUGGAUGCCCCUAUAGUUACCCCAAAAAGCAAAUUGCCAAGCUUCCUUCAACUUCCAACCCAGAUGCCCGAUCCCAAAGAAUGGAUAAGUCAACAGAGGCAGAAAGUACGACCCUGGCUAAUUUUUAUAAUGACUUCAAAUUUCAAAAUACCAGUAUCAAUCCCACGACUCGGCAAACGAAUCAUGAGGAAUAUCGAAUAUUUUCAAGCCAACUACUUAUUUGUAUUUCUAGGACUAGUAGUGUAUUGUCUUGUAACCUCUCCACUCAUUCUACUGGUAAUUGCCGGCACAUUCUACGUAGGUUACCGCAUAAACAAGAGGCAACAGGAAAAACCACUAGUCCUAUUUGGCAAAGAAUUAACCUUAGCACAGCAAUAUGGAAUCGUAACGUUAUGUUCACUACCGAUAUUUUACUUAGUAGGCGCACAUGGGGCAAUAUUUUGGGUUUUAGGUGCUUCAAUGGUCGUGAUAACAUUGCACGCGGCAUUUUACAACAUUGAAGCGCUCGUGACAAGAGAAGACGAUUCCUACGCCUUGCUGGAAGAAGUUUAACUAAAGAAGUGUAUAUUUAUUGGAAAUGUAUAUAAUUUUAUUAUCAAUAUCUUUUCGAGAAAUUGUUG